AGCAGGUCGGAACCGUUGCAAGCAGAGGACCAGCUUCCCUUCGGCUCCUUUGAUAGCCAAUGCACCCUUGAUAACAGCCCAACACACAUCCAGCAUGGCCCGCUUGAGCCCGUACCUCCUCUACGCCGCCGUAGCGGCCAGCUCCACUACGGCCGCCGUCAUGCCCGACGGCACCACCGAGCCGCCGCCCGUGGUCCAGGCCGCGCCGGGGAUUGAGUCGGUGCCCAACACCGCCACCACGGUGCAGUCCGUGCCGGCGCGCCCACCCCACGGGUACGCCGCCGAGGAGAUGCAGAAGCGCGCCAUCACGCAGAUCCAGUUCUGGAAGGAGAGAAACUUUAGGGGCCAGUAUGCCAUCACGACGUUGGACCCGAAAGUCUGCUACACGUUUGGAGGCCCCAGCUGGACGCAGUGGGACAAGGCCAUCGUGGCGGUCAACAUUGCGAGCAACGGCCCGUGCCGGUUUUACGAGGGUCACUAUUGCGACGUCAACUCGCUCGGUCCGAUUGAGUACGGGCGCCCAAUCGAGGACCUCGGCGUCUACGGCUGGGCGAGGAGGGCCAGCUCCAUCAGGUGCGAUUGAGCCAGGGACCCAAAGCGAACCGAGUUAAAAGGGCGGCUUGCGCGCGGGACAUGGGCGACAUCACGCGGGCCGGAGAGGGGCCGGCAGGAUACACGAGUUUUGCGAGGCACUGUUCCGUUGAUAUAGAUUUGCCACAGAAACUUUCCACAAUACCAACACCAAACAGAAAAAGAUCCAAUAGCGCUGCCAUCCGACGUUGUUCGCCAACUCCGUCAUGAAAUACAGCGAUUAAAUCUUCCACAUCUACCGGCAGCCAUCGUCAUUUAACGGUGGUUCGACUUGGGC